AUUUAUAUGUGUGAUAAAAGGAAAAGAUUUAACUCAGCAUUGACUUUUGAAGAAUUUGUUGAUUAUCAUAAUGAAAUACCAGAAACACCUUAGCUUAAGUAAUACUCAUAUAUAAUAAUUAGGCCAAUUAACCAAUCUUCUUAUUAUGUACCAGAAUUAGAUUUAACAAAUGAUGUUUCUUAAACUUAGUUAAAUAUUCCUUUAUAAACAAUUUUCGAAGAAGAACUGCCAAGUCCAAAAGAAAUUAUGAAAACAAAAAAGUCAAUAAGAAAAAGAUAAAGGUUCUUCAGUGAAAAUUCUCAAUACUCAGUAAUUAGUAUAUUGGAAAGAAAACUAUAGAGAAAGAAAUCCUUUAUCGUUCCUUACUUUGAAUUAUGAUUGUCUCUCUU